AUGUCGUUGUUUACACUAGAAGGUCAAGUUGCUGUAAUCACAGGUGCAACUCUGGGUAUUGGAUUAGGCUAUGCUGAAGGUCUUGCUUCUGCUGGGAUUAAACAAUUGAUAUUAACUUAUAGGUCGCAGUCAACACUUGAUUCUGCAAUUGAAGAAAUUAGAAAGUUCAAUGACGAUGUGAUUAUAGAUUCGAUUCAAGUUGAUUUUGUUGAAGACGAAGAGAAUGAUAUUGUUGAUAAGAUCUUCACCCAAGCUUAUAAAAUAUCCUCCACUGGGGUAAUUGAUAUAUUGAUAAAUAAUGCUGGUAUUACUGAAAGAAACCCCGUUGAAUCUUUUCCUCAAGACAAGUUUGAUGCUGUUAUCAAAGUUGAUCUUAAUAUUCCAGUUAAAUUGACCCAACGCUUUGGUGCCAAGAUGCUCGAGUUGGGAACAAAGGGGAAGAUUGUAGCUACAGCAUCAUUACUUUCUUUCCAAGGCGGGUUUGCAUCAUCGCCAUAUGCGGUUGCUAAAGGUGGAAUCAAGCAAUUUACCCAAGCAGUUGCUAAUGAAUGGAGUUCACGUGGUAUUCGUGUCAAUUGCAUUGCUCCUGGGUACGUGAGGACAAAGUUGACCGACAAUAUGUCUAAAGAGAGCAAGGAUUUGGUGGACAAGAGAAUUCCCAUGGGUAGAUGGGCGGAAAGACUGGAUUUUAGAGGACCAAUUGUGUUUUUGUGUAGUGAUGCUUCAAGUUAUGUUACAGGACUGACCGUAGUUGUUGAUGGUGGUUGGCUAGGCCGUUAA